AUGCAAUCCAUAUUUUUCAAUAAUUUCCGAUGCUUGGGAUUUAUUCAUAGCUUCAAUCACUUCUUCUUUUAUUCUUCUUUUCCAAUUUUCGGUUAUAAAUUUACUUCUUUAAAAAGAUUGGCUCAUGGCUGAUGUAUCCAAUAUUUUCUCUUAAAUACUUGUGUUAUAAGAUUUGAUAAAUUUUUCAUCAAUUUCAAGUUAUCCAGAAAUUGGAUCAUAAAAUCUUAUUUUUUCGAUAUAUUAUGUCUAUUAAAAGUUUGAACAGUUUUAAUAUUUGAUUUAAACGCAGUAUUGAUACUCAUAAGGAUUAAAAAAUAUGUCCAAAUUUUUUUAAUUUAA